AUGAAGGUCCGUCUUCUUAUCCUUGAACACUUCCGUCUUCUACCGGGGCUCGAUGUCAGCGACUUGUUUCAGUUAGGUGAAAUCAGGUUCAUUCCACCUAUGCGAGUCACCGUAAUAGAGCAAAUACGGGAGGAGCUCAACAGUCACUACAAAACGGCCUCAUUUCUCGAAAUCAACUCCAAACUAGCCGAAGAAAUUGUUGUUAUAAGGGAUUCCCUUGUGGCGCUAGAGGAAAUAUGUACCUUGACCAUCAAGUAUAACUACCCGCUACUUAUUCGAAGACAACACGAAUACCACGAAGUGUACUCCCCAUUACCAGAUUUUGACGAAAAAAUGUUCGAUGCCAUUGUUAUCAAGCGCAAUUACACGGAUAACGACUUCGCCAGCUUGAAGCUGUUUGACAUUUGUGAGCCGCAUGGAUCCUGCUCUGCUGACAAGUUGCGAACUUCUGGUGCUAUUUCCACGAUGAAGCUCUUUACGAAUUACAUAGUUUUCGAUCUUGAUGGCACUUUGGUGAAUUCCACUGAUGCCGUGGAAGCUACUUGGAAGGAAACCGUUGACCAGCACAACCUUGAAUAUCCUGAUCAACAGAUCGACCUAGCGCAGUUUUUGGCUACUUCUCACGGUUCCAGAACGGUUGAAACUUUUGAAGAGUGUUUCCCGUACAAAGACAAAUCCGUUGAGGCUAUCAGACUGUUUGAAUUGUCAAUUGCCACAAAGUAUGGCCAUUUGGCAAAGGAGGUUCCUGGAUCAACUGAUGCCUUGAACAAACUCAAUGCUCAGGCUCCAAUGUCUUGGGCUAUCUGCACGUCGGGUACCUAUAAACUAGCCCAUGGUUGGUUUCCAAUUGUGUAUAAGGAUGUGACCAAGCCGCUGGUUUUCAUUACUGCUGAUGACGUCAGCCAGGGUAAGCCCAAUCCGGAAGGGUACCUCAAGGCUGCAACUACAUUGGCUGAGUUGAACGACAAGAAAGGAAAGACUGUCGUGUUUGAAGACGCUCCUACUGGUAUUCGUGCUGGCGUCAACGCUGGUUUUACAGUGAUUGGUAUUGCUACUACAUUUUCCAAAGCGAUUUUGGAAGAGGCUGGUGCAUCCUUCUCCAUAUGGAUUUCACUGAUGAUGGCAUUAACUUAG